GUUUUGGAUGCUGCGCAUGCGCCUCAGGCAAGAAGCUAGAAAUAAAAGCGUCUGUAGGUGAGCGUCAUGCAUUCUGGCAGUCGGUAAAACUAAAGUAAACUGCAGACAUGACUCCACAGACCGUAAGCAUUUUAGGACUCAUCUUGAGUUUGGGACUGGCUGUUAGCGCUUUUCCUGCCGAGCAGCCAGAAAAUGGAAAGCACUGGGUUGUCAUUGUGGCUGGAUCCAAUGGCUGGUACAACUACAGGCAUCAGGCUGACGUUUGCCACGCCUAUCAGAUUGUCCACAAGAAUGGCAUUCCAGAUGAGCAGAUUGUGGUGAUGAUGUAUGAUGAUCUGGCAAACUCCCCUGAUAACCCUACUCCAGGAGUGGUCAUAAACAGACCCAACGGAACUGAUGUUUACAAAGGAGUGCUGAAGGACUACAUUGGUGAUGAUGUGACUCCUCAGAAUUUCCUGGCCGUGUUGACAGGCAAUGUCUCCGCUGUGAAAGGAGGCUCUGGGAAAGUGCUGAAAAGUGGUCCCAAUGAUCAUGUGUUUGUGUAUUUCACUGAUCACGGAGCACCAGGUCUACUAGCCUUCCCUAAUGAUGAUCUUCAGGUUGAUGACAUGAUGGCUGCCAUCAAGUACAUGCAUACCAACAAAAAAUACAAGAAGAUGGUGUUGUAUAUUGAGGCCUGUGAGUCUGGCUCUAUGAUGAAGCCCCUACCAGUUGACAUUGAUGUCUAUGCCACGACUGCAGCAAAUACUCAUGAGUCCUCGUACGCCUGUUACUAUGAUGAGGCCAGAGACACGUACCUGGGAGACUGGUACAGCGUCAAUUGGAUGGAGGACUCAGACAUUGAGGAUCUGGGAUCUGAGACAUUGGCAAAACAGUUUAAGAUCGUAAAGACCAAAACCAACACCAGCCACGUGAUGCAGUAUGGAAAUAAGACGAUAUCCCAUAUGAAGGUGGUUGCCUUCCAGGGUAACAACAAAGGUGGCGUUAAGAUGGCCGAGCCUGUAUCUUUGCCUGUGAUUACGGAACAUGACCUCAUGAGCAGCCCGGAUGUGCCCCUUGCAAUCAUGAAGAGGAAACUCAUGAAGACCAACGAUAUCGAUGCUGCCCACGCUCACCUGCAGGAAAUCAAAGCACAUCUGCAGGUGCGUGAGCUGCUUGCCAACACCAUGCGUGAGAUCGUGGAGCAUGUGGUCCAGGAGAAAGAAGAAGUGCAGAAUUAUUUGGAUGGGCGUGAAGACCUCACACAGUAUGAAUGUUAUAAAACCACUGUCAAUCACUACAAGCAACACUGCUUCAACUGGCACCAGCAAGAGUAUGAGUAUGCUCUGAGACACUUGUACGCUUUGGUCAACAUGUGUGAGGGUGGAUACCAGGCAAAGAGAAUCACAAUGGCCAUGGACCAUGUGUGUUACUUCAGACAGUAAACAUGUGAACUUGAGGGCUUGUGUCGGAUGAACUACACUUUGCACACAUGAAUCUGGUCGUGGGGCAAAUCUCUAUCAUCACACUGCAAUCUAUUGCUAGCUUUGGUUUUGAUUAUUGAUUAUAUGUUUUCAAAGAAUUGCACUUAAUUUUUUAUGUAAAUGUUUUACCGCUUUUAUAUUUUACUCUAAAGAAAGACGUUGCCCUGUGACUCCUGACAAACCUAAUGGACCGAUACCAUUAUUUUAUUCUGUGAAAAACUUUUUACGUUUCAGUUACUUUAUUGAUGAAGAUGUUUUAAGAGUGUGUAAACUAGUUAAAAAUCUAGAGAAUGAAUGAGGAUGUCCUACACAUUCGAUAUCGUUUAAAAUAAUUUCAAUCCAUUUAAAAUGAACACUAGCUAAAAUGCAUUGUGUAACACGAUGCACUUUAAGAUUAUGUUUUAAGGUCAUGACUCAAGUCUGAAUUAUGAAUCUAUAAUAGAUGUUUUGCUGUUGAUCAGCUUGGUAACAAAGCCAUGACAAUGCCCAAUAAAAACAAACUAGCUCAAACAUUUAUUGGUAAUAUACUAAUACAUUCAGUACAGACCAGUUUAUCUACCUGAAACCUGUGGUCAUACUUAAGAAGAAGUGUCUUAAAUGACUGAGAUCAGCUCUUAUGGGAAAUAGUUGCAGUUUGAGUAGCUAAUGAGCAGGUUUGUUCUGUGUAAUGGCUGUGGUGUCAGGCUGGUCAUUAUGCCAAGUACUCACCACUUAGAGAAAAUUUGAGUCUCAACCCUCUGAACUAGAGGUGGUAUGUUUGCUAGAUUUAGCUUUCUGAAAGCAAGUUCGUACUGGUGACAAAGUAGGCUAAAACCUAUGUGAAACAAUACAAUGAACUACAACCAGUCUUCCCUGUCAAUAUAUAUUCUGUUAAGCAGUAAAUUGUCAUCUGAUUAUAAAAAUAAACCGGUAUUGAGUGGA